AGGAGAAGAUUGGUGAGAGAGAAAGGAAAAAGUAAAAUUAUUCAUUAAUUUAUUAUUUAUUGUUGGGGGGAAGGCAAAGAAAGAGGGAAAUUUCAGCCCUCAUUCAAUGAUGCUUUAACCAUUAUCUUUCAAUUUCAUCCCUCUUCUCUCUCAGGUUGCAAUGGAGUGUUUGGAAGCAGUGUUGAAGAGCAGUUUCAGAAAAGACAUGGCACUCAAACUCAGCCCCCAAGCGUACACGGAAGACCUUAACAUGCAAAACGUGAACUCAUGCGACGACUUCUUCGUCGACGACCUUCUCGACUUUUCGCUCCUCGAAAACGAAGAACCCGACCAACACAAACACACCCACCACUCAACCUCCGUUUCCCCUCGCAACGACAACCACCAUAUGUACAAUUGCAACCACUCCUUCAACGACAAUUUCAAUACCGAACUCACUCUUCCGCCGGAGGAAGUUGCGGACUUGGAAUGGGUAUCUCAUUUCAUCGAAGAUUCUUUCUCCAAAUACUCUCUUUCCUUCCCCGCAACCGUCACGCAGAGCCUCGCCGAGAAACCGCCGGAACCGGGAAACGCCGGUUUUACUUUUAAAACCCUCGUUCCGGCCAAGCCAAGGAGCAAGCGAACCCGAACCGGGGUUCGGGUGUGGCCGCUGAGGUCACCCUCGUCUUUCACCGACACGUCGUCUCCCCGCAGCCCUUUGCUAAUUUUCGCAGCCACGUCCAAAGACCACCACCCGGAGGACAAGAGAGCGAAGAAACGGGCGGCGUCGGACGGGGGAGCGGCGAGACGGUGCAGCCAUUGCGGCGUUCAGAAAACACCUCAAUGGCGAACAGGACCGCUCGGGGCGAAGACCUUGUGCAAUGCCUGUGGAGUUCGGUACAAGUCGGGUCGGUUAUUGCCCGAGUAUAGACCCGCGUGUAGCCCUACUUUCUCGAGCGAGUUGCACUCGAACCACCACCGGAAGGUUUUGGAGAUGCGGCAGAAAAAGGAAGCGGGGCCUGGACCGGACACCGGUUCGCCAGCGUCGGUUCCCGGUUUUUGAUUAUUAUUAUUUUUGUAUUUUUUUAUUAGGCUAGACAGGAAGAGAGGUUAAACCCGUGGGCCCCGAGUUAGUGUCUAUAAUUUUUCUCAUAAUUUAAUUUUACAUUUGGUUGGGUGCGGUAGGUAGCUGUUAAUGUUAGCUGAUAGACAUUAAAUUAUGUUAUUAUCGACAUUGAAGUUGAUUUAUAUGUUUUAGUUUUUGAUUAUGAAUAUUUACUGUGUGUAGUGUGUUAUCUAAUGAGAUAGAAAGAAAGGAUGGGUGAGUUUGGAAGUGAGAAGUGUUGGUUGGAAAACAUGAAGUUAAUGAAUGGAAAGAGCGUAGAAGUGGUUGUACUGAAAUAGAAUCAUGUGGAAGUUGCACGCAAGAUGCCGGAAGGACUUUGAUUUGGACUUUUCCGAUUAACUAGAUUUUCCUGCUGCCUAAUCGACGGGGCACACCCUCUGACAGGUGAAUUUUCAUAUAUUUUUUUUUUCAAUUUUAUAUUGCCCUUCAUUAUUUAACCUUUUUUUUUUUUGUGGAUAAGAAAAUCUAACAAAAAUAAAGCAAGGAAUUUGAAUUUUGAAGUUUCCUUUGCCAUAGACAAAGGAGAACGGAAAACUAGCAAAUAAAAAAACAUUGUACCUUGUAAUGGAUCCCACAUAGCAAUCUUAUCUUGCACCUAACAAAGCAAGGUAACA